GAGGCGAGGAGGAGUCGUCUUGCAGCGUGCGGACUGCGGACCAGGCGACGACGCCGCUUCCGUUGAAAGCCACCGGCGGCGCCACUAACGGCAUCGGCCUCCAGAUCGCAAGAUGAGGCUGGUCGGCUUGACGGGCGGGAUUGCGUCGGGGAAGAGCACCGUGUCCAGCCUCUUCAAAUCCGCCGGCGUCCCUGUUGUCGACGCGGAUAUCGUCGCUCGGAACGUGGUGCAGAAAGGUACUGGAGGUUGGAAGAAGAUUGUAAAAGCUUUUGGGAAUGACAUUUUGUUGGAAAAUGGAGAAAUUGACAGAGCUCGCUUAGGUCAGAUUGUUUUCGCUGACCCAGUGAAACGCAAACUUCUGAACCGUCUUCUUGCCCCACAUAUUUCAUUUGGUAUAUUCUGGGAGGUACUAAAACUCUGGGUGAACGGAUGCACAGCUAUCGUUGUUGACAUCCCGCUCUUGUUUGAGACAAAGAUGGACCGAUGGACACACCCUGUCAUUGUUGUAUGGGUGGAUCCCAAAACACAAAUUGAGAGGCUCAUGUCAAGAGACGGGUGCAGCGAGGAACAAGCUCAGAGCCGGAUCAACGCGCAGCUUGCACUGGACUGGAAGAAGUCUGAAGCAGACAUAGUCAUCAACAAUUCCGGUUCUAUGGAUGACAUGAAAGAACAGUUCCAUGAAGUGCUGAAGCAGGUUUCUGGUCCCUUGACAUGGAAGGAGCGCAUGUUGUCGAGGGAUGGCCUUCUCUCUAUCCUCCUAUGCACAACUGCUGGGGUUUUACUUGCUCAGAAGAAUCUGCUAUGAUCUUCAUUAUACUAGCUUAGGACGGAACCAGGUUAAUGGGUUUAAAAUUGCAAAGUAUAGCUGGAUAGCACUGGACAAGAACCGUUAUAAUUCUGUUCAAUGUUUCGGAGUCAUGCAACAAGUGCUGAUAUUUUGAGCAGUGAAAUAGGUUGUGCAAGUGCUUGCUUGUGUUGUCUUUUGAUCUGAACCUUGAUUCGCAAUGGAUAACAUUAUUGCCCCGUA